AUGGAUACCAGUAUUACUGAAGAGUUGCGUGGAGUUCCUGAUUGCAGCAUUCCAGAGAUAGAACUUUGCCCACAGUCUGACCCAGCGUGUUGUCCUAUCCAUAUACAGCGAGCAGUCCCCAAUUUGGAAGAGCUGAAUAUCCCCAAAUCUGUGUCCUUCACUGUGAAGUCAGGAGUUUGGCUUGCCUACCCGGAUAUUAAUUUUAAGGGGCAAGCUACAGUUCUGGAGGAAGACCAUGGGCUCUUUGAGAUUUCUGCCACAGAAAUGAAAUCAUUGCAUCCACUUCAAAUGGGUGGACUGAAAGUGGAAAUGCCUAUGAACUUAAAGGUUAUUAUUUAUGAAAAACCCCACUUCCAUGGACAUGCCAAAGAGUUUAGUGAACACAUAGAUUCUGUCCCUAAGUUUUUAAAAAAUAAUGGGGAUUUUCAUGGAAUUGGAUCAAUCCGUGUCAUAGGUGGAGUGUGGGUUGCCUAUGAAAAAGAACAUUUUAAAGGCCAGCAAUUCUUGCUUGAAGAAGGAGAUUUUGAAGACAGUAAUGCCUGUGGGGCAUUAAGUGGCCCCAUCUUGUCUUUCCGGUUCUUACAAGCUGUGAGCCUAGUGAGCAAGAUUAGAUUAGAAGCUUUGGAAGAUCUUUUUGGUGACUCUCGAGAAAUGGCUCGGGGUGGAGGAGUACCCUACUUUUUUUUCCUGGUCUUACACAGGUGGAUAGCUUAUGAAGGAUCCAAUUUCUUAGGAAGACAAAUCUUACUUGAGCCUAAUGAGAUCCCCAAUUGGACAGCAUUCAGUGGAUGGAAAACAAUUGGUUCCCUCCGUCCUAUGAAGCAGCCUGCAGUGUACAUCAGGAUAAAGAACCGGGCCCAGGAUGAGUAUCUGACGGUCACUGGCAACGUUGCUGACACAAGGGCCACAUCCGUGUGCGUCUCUCCCUACACCGGGAAGACAACUCAGAUCUGGCACUACUGCCGAGGACUCUUUAAAUCCAAGGCCAGUGACACGUGCCUUGAUGUGAUUGGAGGCCGGGACACCCCCGGGGCUAAAGUGGCUCUGUGGCCUGAACACGGACAGUUCCGGCAGAAGUGGAAGCUGAACAGAAACGGAACCAUCAGCUCCUAUCUCAGCGAUCAACUUGUCCUAGAUGUUAAAGGAGGAAAUUAUUAUGACAAGACUCAUGUAAUUGUAAAUCAACCCCUGGAGGGAGCAGAAACACAGAAAUGGGACAUUGAAAUAUUGUGAGAGAAUCUGCGGCAUCUCUAGAAAGAGCAAAGAACAAACCUCCUGUCCCUGGGAAAAGAAGCUACUUGUCCUCACGCUCCUGCAUCACUGAGCACAGUGAAGUUUUCUCCUAGCUUCCAAGACCAUUGCUCUUAACCAUGGCAACACUCAAGUAUUCUUGCCAGUUGUUUAGCAUUCCUAUGAAAAGCACAUUUUGAUUUCUGCGAAAGGUUCUAGUCCUGAUUGGUCUCCAGUUUUCUGGUGAGCAGCUUCCCUCAAGCGUGUGCUUUCUCUCCUCUCCACCAGACACAAGUCCUACUCCUGAAAGCCCCUGUAGAACCCUGGUGACUCUGUCAGCCUGUAUUAGCUGUUAAUAUCCUAGGAGACAGGUGUGUGAGUGCGAAGCACAGGGAAACAAAUUCCUUUAGGUCAAGUCAUCCUUUUGCAAGAAGAGAAAUAAUUUUUUUUAGCAAUGCCUGAAAACAUAUUUAAUAAACCUUCCUAUUAAGCUGCUGUAUUAGAUAAGCCUUAAAGGGUCUUCUCUACUGAGGCUUUUAUAACUGAAGCACCGUAAGUAUUCAUACUUAUAACUGACCCCAGGAAAGGACCUUGGCUUUGUUUAGGAAGGAGGCUCGAGUAUUGGCAUAUUUUCUGUGGCCAAACUAAAAAAGCACAAAUAACUUGUGACCAUCCUUACUCUCUCCCGGGUGACAAGACUCUAAUCGGUGGUCACCUGUCCUGGUGCUGACACCUCACCCUAGAUUUUGCCUGAUCUGCCCUCAAGCAGUUGUUUAGUCAAAUUUUUCUUUGUCUGAAGUAAAGGGAAAUUUCAAAUGUUUAAGUUAAAACCAAGUAGUAUUUGAGCCUUUUUGACUAUACCAUUUUACUUAAUGAAAUGGCUGAAAACUCAGUUUUUACUUCCAUUUUUAAGCAAAAUCAGGUAGGAUAUCAGGUAAUCAUUACCACCUUUAAAAAUUAUACAAUUCUUAAGUAUUUUUCCCUCCUGAGUUGGUUUUAAACUCGAGACAACUGUUCCAUUCGUCACCAACUUUUACCAGAAAGCAGAAAACUGUCUGCUCUAUUUUUAUAUAGAAAGAUUAAAUACUCCAGUGAUAUUUUUGAAUUAUCAACCUUUAUGCACUUUAGAAUGUAAAAUAACAGUGAAUUGUUUAAGUACAAAGACCCAAUAUUUUGAGCAUUUUUUUUAUGGAGACUUGGUCUUUCCAUGUAAAUACUGAUUUUUUUUCCUUCAAUCUCAGGCUCUUUGUCAUCUUUGAAGCAGCAUCUGUAAAACACACGUAUGCCCAUAGAUGGGAGCGCCUCUCAUUGGUGUGGCAGUAUUUAAUGAAACUUACGUUAUCCGGGUAACUUUAUUUUAAUCGGGGGAGGGGGCUGUGUAUACACGGAGGUAUAUAUUUUCAUUGUAAAAAAAACAAUUUAAAUUUUUUUUGUGUUAAUUGUUUAAAAGAUUUUUGUAGAGCCAAUAAGGCUCUUUAAAGAAGUUUCUUCCAAAGAACAAAGACAAAGCCAGGUAGCGACCUUUAAAUUUCAAUGAUCCAUUUAUUGGAGUUGUGCCUUUUCUACCACACUGGAUUAAAUGAGUUUAUCCAAAGUA